GAGGGAGGGUUGAAAUGGGAGAGGGCACUUCGUCGAGAGGGAGAGUUGAAAUGGGAGAGAGUACGUCGUCGAGAGGGAGAGUUGAAAUGGGAGAGGGCACUUCGUCGAGAGGGAGAGUUGAAAUAGGAGAGGGUACGUCUUCGAAAGGGAGAGUCGAAAUAGGAGAGGGUACGUCGUUGAGAGGGAGAGUUGAACUGGGAGAGGGUACAUCGUCGAGAAGGAGAGUUGAGAUGGGAGAGGGCACAUUAUCGAGGGAGACUUGAAGUAUGAGAGGCUACAUCGUCGAGAGAGAUAGUUGAAAUAUGAGGGGGUACAUUUUCGAGAGAAAUAGUUGAAGUGUGAGAGGUUACA